AUGGUGGAAGAGGCACACUGGGUUUGGUUCAAUUUGGGCUUGGAUUCAUUAGGUGAGCAAACCCAUAUUUCUCAUUGUGAGACGGUCAAAGAAGCAUGGGAUUUGUUGAAGUCUAUCUAUGAGGAAGCAAGUUCUAAUGUUAAGUCUCAAGGAAAUUCCACUUCUCAUACAUCGAGUGUGGACUCUUUGAAUGAAGAUUCAUCUAUUGAUAAGAGUGAGAAUGAAAACUCAAUUUCUAGGUCUUCAUAUGAUGGUAGUGAGUCAUCAAGUAUGGAAGAAGAAAUAGAUGGUGUAACUUUUCGUGAAGCAAAUGAGAUGUUGUAUAAGCGGAGUAUCACCUUGACAAAGAUGAACAUCAAGUUGUCCACCGAGCUUAGACUAAUGGAAGCUCAGGUGAAAAUUAGUAUUUUCUUAAAUGAAAUAGAGUCUUUGAUCGCCAAACUCUCCACAUGUGAAAUGGAGAGAAAUCAAUUGCUUCAUGCUCGUGAUAAGUUGAAAGAGAAGUAUGGUGAUCUUGAAAGAGAGUUGGAGACUUGUUCAAAGUCCGGGAAAGAGCUUGAAGAUAAAAUUAUCUCCUUGGAGUUGGAACUCGAAAGUGUCAAAGCUUCAAGUGCACAAAGUGUGGAUGGGGUUCCUUGUACUCAAUACAUGGUCAAUGAUAAAGGAGGAGUCGGUGUCAUCAAAGGACAUGCCUCAGCAUCCAAAACCUCAACUUCCAAGGAUGAGAGCACUCAAGAUUUCAUGACUAGGGGUAAUAUCACUUCAUUUUCUUCUUUGUCUCAUAACUGUGUAGCCAAGGCUAAAUUCAUUCCUAUUUGUCAUCACUACGGGCUUAAGGGUCACAUUAGACGUCAUUGUUUUGAAUUGCUGGAGACCAAACUUGAAGCGAGAUUGAGUUUGACUAGACCAAGAAAUAGGAUGUUGGAAACAAAGUUAAGUCGGGUUCCCAUUGAAGGGAAAGUGAACCACAACAUCAAGACACCACUCAAGAAUCGCAAUUCUCACAACAUUGUUCAUACUAAAGUAGUUUGGGUAAGAAAGCUUGAUUUGGGCUAA